AUACAUGGCUUCAGAACUUUAAAUGUUGAACUUCAAGGAAAAGAUGGGACAAUAAUUGAGUUAUUGAGUUCUAUAAAUGGGUUUAAAUCAAAAUUGAUAUUACUCAAGUCACAAUUAAAUGAAUCUAAUUUGAAUAAUUUUCCAAACUUAAAAGAUUUUUUUGAAAAGCAAAAAUGUACAGUGGCAGUGGAAAUAUAUUGCUCUGAGGUUGAAAAAGUGUACAAUGAAUUUGAAAGACGAUUUAAAGAUAUUCAAAAAUUAGAGCCGAUUAUUACAUUUGUGUCUUUUCCUUUCUCCGAAACAAACAGUAUUGAAAAUAUUUCUACACAAAUAAGCAAUUUGUUUGAUAUGGAUUCUACAAAAUUUGAAUCUGAAAUUAUAAAAAUUAAAUCAGAUAUAUUCCUCAAAGCUCGAGGUUAUGGAACAAAUUUUUGGAAUUUACUGAGCGAAGAAAAAUAUCCGGGUUUGAAGAAUGUAGCUUUGCAGUUACAUACUUAUUUUGGAUCUACAUAUUUGUGCGAAACAGCAUUUUCUCACAUGAAAAUGAUAAAAACAGAAUUUCGAUCUACGCUCUCUGAUGACCAUUUGAAGCAGUGUCUUCGAUUAGCAGUUAGCAACUAUUCGCCAGAUUACGACCAAUUAGUCAAUGACAUGCAAUGUCACACUUCAACAAUGGCCAGAUCAACAAAAUAA